GAUUAACAUCAUCUGACUUCGCCCAUCCAACUCUUGUACCUUUGUCUACUGAAGCACGGGGUGUGGUCAUGCUCAGUUCAGCUCAGGAGUGACUGUGCUCAGUUUAAAAGAUAACUAGAGAGGAUUCCUUUUCAGUCUUUACAAAUUUUCCAAGGGUUUGAAGGCUGAAAUAUCGACAGAGACAUGGACAGCAGACUGAUGCUUUUGGUGUUUUUUGUAAUUGCUUGUGAUGUGCCUUGCAUUAAGGCUGUCCGGCCAACAACAAAUUUGACUUCCAACAUCACUCGCAAUGGGUGUGGAAUAAAUAAACUGUGUGUGGAGAACCCCGCUGGAUGUGACCCUUCAGGUAGCUCUCAGUGCUUCUUCGCAUCUUCACAUUUUUCUUCUACUAACAAAAGCCUGGCCUUUGAGAUCAGUGGCAACUCCCCCGGUUACAUCACUUUAGCCACUGGAGUGAACUCUUUGUUGUCUCAGGGUACUAAUAUUGUCUUUGUCUGUGGCAACAAUAACGGCAGUUUCUUCUUCCAAACCACAACACUCAUAAACAACACACAGGUGAUAACUAAUUGGCUUAAUGUGAGCAAUAUCCAAGGUUCAAUACGAAAAAGCUUGAUUCAGUGUGCUUUCAACAUCCCCAUUGAUGUCAACAGUGUUAACAUCAUUAGCACCCUAACCGGGAUCAAUACCACGAAUUUCAACAACACAAACCUCGCUAAUACACGGAUUAACGCAUUCAUUGAAAUCUUUCAAGGUUCAACCAAUGGAACUGUGCUGGGACCACUGAAGAGCACAUUUGGAUCCUCUUUUUUUGUGAAUCUAGCUAAUGCUAGUUCUAUUGUCGUAAACACUGCACCUACCACAGCUAUCACAACUACCACAAAUAACCCAAAUUCCGCAAAUAUCACAGCUGCAUCUUUUGUCAAUGUUGCCAACAGUAGCAUCUCACUCACCAGCCUAAUGUGUCAAGCUGCAAUUGCCUUGCUCGGUAUCUUCACUCUGUGCCUGCUCUGAGGAGACCUGAAUGAGACCUGUGGACAAAUUUCAGAAACAUCUUAAAUCUAUAUUCCUUUCAUAUCAUUUUCAGAUCCUAACUUAAGAUAAGACAUUUCCAUUAUACAACCCCUGAAGACUAAUCUUAUUUAGCGUGACAUGUAUCUGUGAUGCACUCAGGGGUGCCCAAUACGUCGAUCGCGAUCUACCAGUCGAUCACAAAGGCAAUGCUGGUAGAUCGCACAAAAUGUAAAUGUAUUUUAGUUCAAUUUUAAUAAAAAGAAAUAUAAUGUCUUUCCUUCUUUUAGUUUCUGUCUGACUUGCACUUGCACUCGCAACAGAGCGCGAAAUUGCGACGCUACUGCCCGGAUUAGGCAAAACUGUCUGAUUGCAUUCAGUGCAAGUCAUCAGAAUAAGGUAAAUGCCCUGGCUAUUGUAAUCUAUUGUGCUGUAGGUGUUUUGGGUUUAGUUUUAAAACUGAAUGAUAUCAACAUUGAACAUUAUUAUAUAUUUUUUUAUUAAUUAGAAGAUUAAUUCCAUGUAGGAAUACAUGCAGUAGUCCCAACAAGCAUUUUCUUAUUUUAAAUAAAACUGUUUUUUUUUAGUUGGUAGAUCUUAUUGAGUUGGUCAUUUAAAAGUAGAUCGUCACACAAAAAAGUGUGGGCACCCCUGCAGGAUGCAUUUGAAAUUUACACAUCUAGAAUUUCUUUCUCUAGUAUUUAUACCUCCAUUGUCUUCUUUCUUUCUUUGGUGUUCUCAACCAGAUUGCUCAUAAAUAGGACACAUUGCUGUAUGUGUUUGCCACAUGCAGGUUGUUGAACAUAUAUUUGUGAGUGUAUAUGUACAGUACAAACAUAUACUAUAAAGCCAACAGGUUUUUAUCUAGGUGUUUUAUUGAUCCUGUAACAUUAUUUAUUGCUAGUCGAAAUGAUCAGGAAAAUAAAUGUUUUUCUUUCUUCCGGUGAUUAAAAACCAUAUUAAAAUGUA